UGCGCGUGCGCAAACUUCGGAAAAUUGUGUGCUAGUGUUCAACUUUAUGCAAAUUCUUAUGUACUGUAAUCGCAUAUAUCGUUGUAAAUGUGUCGAAUUAAUCUUACUUAACUUAUAUAUGGUUUCAAACUCAAUACGUGGCUGAUUUAGAAAAGUAUGUUUACAAAAAUGGCUGGCAAGAGGUCUGCAUCUACAGAAUUAAAUCACGAUAAUUGGGAUAAAGGAGAAUGUCCAGAAGAGGCAGGAACAUUUAAAAAAGCAGCUGAUGAUGUUCUUGAAAAAAGAGUUGUAAAAAGAGCUAAACGCCGUUUACAAUCUGGAGAAGAUGGUACCAGAAGCGCAUUUGGUACAUUUACAGGUUUUAAAACAUCACCUACAUCUAAUGCUUCAUUAUUCACUUUCUUAGCCAGUAGUAAUACUAAUACUAAUGAUGCAUCUUCAAAAACAAACACAAAUAUCAGUAAACCUACAAAUAAUGAAGCUCCUAAAAGCAGUGAAAAUGGAACAAAUAAAAAGGAAAGCUCAGAAAUACAAACAUCCUCGAGCACAUCUAUAAGUAAAAAAAGUAUUUCUGACCAAGAAGAUCAAAAUAAAGUUAAAAAGUCCUCUGAGUAUUUUGCUAAGUUAAAGGGAUUAAAUGAAAGUGUGGCACAGUGGAUUAAAACACAUGUUGAUGCAAAUCCUUUUUGCAUUUUAACACCUAUUUUUAAGGAUUAUGAAAGAUAUCUUAAAGAAAUUGAAUCUAAACAUGCAACUGAAGUGGAAAAAACAUUCCAUACAUCAGAACAAGCGCAGCCUGUCCAUACUAAUGAUAGUAAGGAUGCUGCAAAUACUGAAAAGAAACUAGAUAGUACCGCGUUCAGUGGAGCAAAUACAAAAUCUCCUGUGAGCACGACAGAAUGGAAAUCUGAAAAAUCAAUUUUUGGCAAUAUUAAUACAGGUUCAAAGUCUAUAUUUGGUAAAUCAGAACAUAUUAUAGAUAGCAAUAAAUCGAUGUUUAGUAGUACAGACCAAACUUCAGAUACACCUAAAUCUGUAUUUGGUAACAUUGAUCAGAAAGCUGCCACUAAAAGUAUAUUUGGAAAUAUGAAUUAUGAAAAGAAUCCAUUUUUGAGUAAAUCCUCAACAUUACCAGAUAAUAAAUCAGAUGAACAGGAGUCAAAAACAGACGCAAAAUCUACCACUACCAGCACAUUUUCUACAACAAAUACUAAUACGUUUUGUUUUGGUCAAAGUUCCACUACCACUAAUACAUCAACUGGUUUCAGUUUCGGAAGCGCUAAGCCCUUUACAUUUGGAGCUCAAGCUGUAAAGCCACAAGAAUCUGAGGAAAAUGAAGAAAAGGAGGAUGAAGAUGAUGAACCACCAAAAGUAGACUUUAAACCAGUAACAGAAGAAGGUGCCAUAUAUCAACAAAGGUGUAAAGUUUUUGUUAAAAAAGAUGGUAACUUUACUGAGAGAGGUAUCGGUUGUUUGUUUUUAAAGCCGACACCAAAUGAUAAAACACAGCUAUUAGUUCGCGCCGAAACGGCGUUGGGAAAUUUAUUGCUCAAUACUUUAUUAACCGAAAGUAUUCCAACAAAACGUAUGAGCAAAAAUACAAUAAUGUUAGUUUGUUUACCAUUACCAGAAUCAACACCACCCCCCGUACCCGUCUUGUUAAGAGUAAAAACAAAUGAAGACGCUGAUGCAUUAUUCGAAGCACUUAAUAAACAUAAAAAAUAAAGAAAAAAGUAAGAAUGAUAAUUGAUGAAAUAACAUAAUGCGGAAAACAACGUAAUGAAAUCGAGUUGAACAGUGACUGACGAUUUUUUUUAAAUCACAUAAUUUUGUUGUUACUCACAUUGGUUAUAAUAUUUUUAUCCUGAAUAUUUAAUAUUAAAAUAACAUGUAAAAUAGAGGUAAAUGAAGUUGAAUACUUUCUAUUUUUCAUUGCUUAAAGGGAUGUUAUGACAUCAUUACGAUUAGUAAUGUUAAUAUACGAAUGUCUAAUUAAUAAAUAAACACGAAUAAAAUUUAGAAUAAUUCAGAUACAUUAUUUGGAAAAUCUAUUGAAAGUACUUGAAAAAUGACAAGUAUAUGUAUAAUCACUUAAUUGUAUAUACUAGCUUGAAAUUUUUUUAUUAUUGCAUCUGGUAAACAUAAGAGUCAUAACAUCAAAUUUAAUUCUAAGAAAUUACGUUAUAUUUAGAAUUUAUAUUUUGUUUUUUAAAAUUACAUGGUUUUCUGGAAGCGUAUUUUCGCUCAAUAAACGUUUCGUUAUCAAAUGUUAUUAGCAUCCAAAUUACGAAAAUUAAUUGGUGUAAACAGAAUGUAAGGAAACAUAAUUAUUGUAAUUUACAUUCCUGUAGUUUUAAAACACUCAUAUCCUAAAUUUAUAUGAAAUUUUGGCGAUACAAAAAAAGCAAAUUCUUUAACACAAUUGUUACAAAUGCUUGAAAGCCACUUCCGACAAACAAUAAAAAUUAAAAAUCACUUUA